AUGGCGGUGAUUGAAGGCUCCUUGUCGCAGCGGGUGCAGCGCCAGCCGGGGAACCCCUUCGUGGAGUUGCUGCCGCUGAUGCGGAACCCUGACAACUCAGUGCUCUGCAAAGGGGUGCCGCCUGAUGACUUCCUGCCCCUGCACAGCCUGAGCUUCACCGUGAAGGAUCCUGCCGGGCUGCAGACUGUGGAGGUGGAUGAAGCUGCCACGAUGCUGGCACAGCGGUAUCCGGUGAUGGCCUGGGGUGAGCUGAUGGGAAUCCUUCAGAAGCACACUGAAGCUGUGUUGCGGCCAGCAGCGCCGCAGUGGGCCAUCUCGUUGAGCGCGGGCAGCAUGUCGGCGCUAGACCUGGCGCUGGGCAUGUUGCUGAACCCCGGGGAUACGAUUCUGAUGGAGGAGUACACCUUCCUGGCCAUGGUGGAUGCGUGCAUGGCAGCUGGGCUGAACGCGGUGCCGCUGCGCUGCGAUUGCGAGGGCCUGCUGCCGGAGGCGUUGAUGGCCGCGCCGGCGGCCAAGGCGCUGUACACGAUUCCGGUGGGUCACAAUCCACUGGGCACACGCCUGCCCGCAGAGCGGUACCAUGCCAUCUACGACAUUUGUGCAGCCAAAGGCAUCUCCAUCAUCGAGGAUGAUGCGUACUUCUACCAGCAGCACAACUCCCACGAUGCGCUGGGCGACGAGGAUGUACGCGGAGUAGCGGGCCUGGAGCUGGGCAUCAGCUUUGUGUCCAUCGACCGUCAAGGCAUCGUCCUGCGCCUGGACUCCUUCGCCAAGAUGCUUUGCCCGGGCUUCCGCCUGGGCUGGGUCACCGGCCCCAAGCACUUCGUAGAGGCCUACGAGAAGCUGUGCUACGUGUCCAGUCAGCACGGGAGCUCGCUGGCCAUGGUUUGCCUGGGCAAGCUGCUGGCGCACUGGGGCACCGAAGGUCUCAAGGCGCAGAUGGUUCGCCUGCAGCUGGGCCUGCGCCGGAAGUGCCGGGCCCUUCUCCGCGCCUGCGAGGCUCACCUGGCUGGGCUGUGCACCUGGAGCUCCCCGCAGGCCGGCAUGUUCCUUUGGCUGAAGCUGCUGCACCCGCGAAGCUUCACCCACAAGGAACUCAUGGAUAGCCGGGAUCCCAGGCCUUCGGCGGCACCAGGUGGUGCCAAUGCCCGGGGCUUUCUGCGCCGCGCGGCGAGGCUUGAGUUGGGCCAGGGCCUCGGUACUAUGACAUGGGACUUUACUGUGGAGGACUUGGAGUCGGUGCCCCUGGUGGACACCCGGAACCUGGGGCUCUCGGAGGGCCAGCUGCUGCCGGCUCAAUUCGCCGUGCGCACGGGCUGCCUACGGCGCCUGGUGCAGCAGCUCUUCCUGCAUCACGUGAACCCCAGGUUCGCCAAAAACGCAGAGCUCGCAUGCCGGGGCGCGGUGUUUCUCUUGCUAUGCGCCAUCCCAGUGAUCAUUCCCCAUGGCGUGUCAGACCUGCGGGACACCAUCAUUCAGUACGGCAUUUACAACAGCAGUGUGUGUUGCUUCAUCGUCUUCAACAUGGGCCGAACUGUGGGCCAGGCCUUGGAUAUUGCCAUUUCUGGGAUCAAGGGCACAGUGCUUGCGGCGGCCAUGGGCUGGAUGUUGUACACAAUCAGCCCGAGCGGCUACACCACCGGCGAAACGUCGGAUCCACUGGUGUUUUGGCUGGGCCUCGGCCUCGGCGUCAUCUAUGUGUGCUUGGUGAUGCUGCUGAAUUUUCACCUCUCCUUGCAGAUGUUCGCUAUCUCCGGCUUUGCUGGCCUGUGGAUGACCUUCCUUAACCCUGAGGUCCAGGGACAGGUGACCCCACCUUGGUCGGAGAAUUGGAACCUGAAGACCGACACCUUGCUGCAAGGCUUGAUCUGCACCGGCUUCGGCUUCCUCACUGUGAUGCUGGCUACGCUGCUGCCAUACCCCUUAUGGUCGCUCAUGUAUGUGCAGGAGAAUCAGCUGAUAAUGAACCGGAAUAUCUCACAGAUCCUGCAGAUGAUGGUUGACUACUACUGCAACGAGAAGCCAAACGUUUAUGACAAGGACGCGGUACUACGCCACCUCCGCGAGAUCAAAUCCAUGACGGACGACAAUGACCCCUUGAUCCGGGCGGCCUGGUGGGAAUGCUUCGGCCUGGGCAGGACUCAGCUGAAGCGACAGGUCUUACAUGCAAUGGACCAGACCUGCGCCCGGGUUUAUGAUCUGGCAUUCAACGCCUGGACGGUGUCCGCCGGCGAGGAGGCUGCGGGCCUCAACGCCCUGCUUAUGCGCCAGGUGAAGCCGCUCACCGAGGAGCUCUUGCAGUUGGUGGAGACUUUGCUGAACAUCUUGGUGCAGGCGGUGGAGGAUGGCCAGCUCCAGGAGGAGGAGCAACAGGAGGUGCAGCUCUACAUCCAAAGGCUAGUGGAGCAGGAGAAGAAACUCUCGAAGGAGUUUCAUACACAGCGCAAGAAGAUUACCCAGAACAAGCCGAACGAACUCUAUCGCAACGUACGUGUGGCUCAAGUUCUUCACUGGACCAUAAGCCGCACCGUGGGGGAGAUCAUCCAGCUGUCGGAGGGAGUCUGCAAGUUCUCUCAGGACAGGACCUCCCUGCCGCCCCCGCCGGAGAGCGAAGGGAUGCUGGCCAUGUUCACUGGCGUGCUGGACCAGCAGCACCUGCUCUACGCUUUCAGAGGUCUCCUGUCCUACUUUCUCUGCUUCGCCAUCGGCUACUUCGGGUUUGGCGAAUACAUCCCCGCACGGUCUUCUGCCAUUGCUGCGACCUGCCCCCUGCUGUUUUCAAUGUAUGUUGGCUCGGCCGUUCUGAACGACUUGAACCGCAUCCAGGGCUUGAUGAUCGGCAACGUUGUGGCCCGCCUCGCGCGGGGCUUUGUGGAUAGUUGCAACAUCGAAGAUUUGGCGCUGCAUGCCGUGAUCACGUUCCUUUGGGUCUUCGCCGGCCUGUUCACCUACUUUCACUCUCGCCAGUACUCAACUGUGGGCUGUUUGGCUGCAGCUUUCGGGGCGUCCACGUUGCUGGACGUCUCCUGCAACCACCCGGAGAAGGUUGGAAAGGUGGACACCUUCGAUGCACUGAUGAUGAACUGCGUGGCGGUGGUGGUGACCAUGAUUUGGGACAUUCUGCUGCAGUCCGCUCGCGCCUCCGACCUUGCCUUCAAAUACCUGGAUGACUGCUGGGAGGAGAUGCUGCUGAGUUUCAAGAACCUCCUCGAUCCCAACACCGACACCGUGGCCUUCCACUCAGCCACCGCACGCCAGCUACUGCUACAGGCGGAGCAGAUGAGUAGCGAGGCGGACCUCGAGCCCCGCUUCUGGCGCACGGCCUGGCACAGUGACCUUUUUGCCAGGAUCUGCAGGGAGACUGAAUAUUUGGUCAUCGCUGUGGCAGCCCUGGAGUCAGCUAUCGCUGAGCAUGGCCGUCAUGCGGACAAGAAGUUCCCCACAUUCGUGAAGCUGUCCCAUGUCGCCGUCACUGGUGAGGUGUUCAACAUGUUUGGCACCGAGGACUCGGUCAUCGGCAUAAUUAAGUUCAAAGCGGUGAAAAGGCUGCUGAAGAUUUUUGCACAUGAGACCGUCCAGAAAUUCGACGGCUUUACGGACAGAGAGGCCACGCAUUAUUUCCAGCCCGAGCAGGAAAAGGUGGAGGCCAACUUCAUGAGGGAGACCGUGCCUCUGUUCUUCGGCCUGGAAGACGACGAGCCAGAGGAGAAUCUGUCCCAUGACGAGAUGGCGCAUUUGUCAGUGGUCUUUGCGGGCUUUCAGCGCACAACUGCGCUGGUCCGCCGCAUGCAGCACAAGAUUCUGACGAGUGGAAGGGCAGAGCCCUUUUUCCGCCUCAGUUUCGUCACGGAAGAGGAGGGCUAUGACUUGGCUCUGCGGAGGCUCCGGCAGGUCUGCCUGGAGCUCUCAGAGGGCGGCUCGCUCGAUGCAGCAAUCCGCAAUGUCGCCUACCUCACGCCCGGUGACGCCUUGAUGCCGGACAGAUGCGGAGAAAGCGUGUGCAGCAGCGGAGUCAUGAACAGGAACACUCACCAAGAGCUUUCCAUGGAUGCAGCAUUCGGGUUCCUGCGUCCGCGACGGUGCACGCAGGUUGUGAACCAGGCGGAUACCGCUGCAGCGCUUCCUCGGCAGCACAAGUUGAGCACCUUCCUCCAGAGCGACUCCGCGAGCCUCAGCUUGCCUCGGCGCCUUCGUGCCGAAGGCUUCUCGGGCUGGUUCCCCACGACGGAGAAGCGAGUGCAGCCGCCAGAGGGCCAAGAAGAGUUCGAGCUACAGCAAGCCGAGAAGGUGGAGGUCGUCAAAGUUUGUUUUGGUGGGCUUGUGGACUUCUGCUGCACGAGAAGUGCUUCGAGCAGUCUGGGUCUGGAUCGAGAACAAGCUGGAUGGUGA